CAAAUUUCAACUUUAAAUAAAACUAUUCUAUCUUUUUAAAAAGGAUAUUAAAGCAAUUUAGAAUUUUAAUAAUACCUAAUUAGUUGACUAAUUAAAGAAAUAUUUGGGCAAUAAUCUAUAAAGGAAAAGAUCAUAGCUAGAUAUUAUACUUUAAAAAAUAAAAUAAAAAAAACAAUUUAAAUAAAAAUAUGAAUAAAGGGAAAAUUUUAGAAUUUCCAAAUGUAAGAAAUAUACUAUGGGAUCAUAGACCAAUUGGAGAAAACAUAGAAAUUAUUCCUUUCCCAACAGACUAUCCAUGUUUAAAUAUCAACGAAUCAACAUUAUCAAUAAUUAAAUCAUUGAGAGAAAAGUCAAAAGUAGUAAAUUUUAUACUAAUUGGUUCACUACAAAAACAUCAUGAUGGUAGUCUAACUAUUGAAAUAGAAAGACACGAAACAGAGAGUAAUAUGAAAAAACUGGUGCAUAUACAAGACACGAUGUACCUUAAUUGUACUGUUCAAUCUACAAACGGACCAUUACCGUUCUCUAAUGAUAAUUAUUUACAAUCUUUCAAAGCAUUAAGGAAUCGUUGUGAAUCCCGUGAAAAGAUCUCGUUAUGCCGUUUUUUUUCAUCGUUAGUGGCAAUUCAAUUAUCAAAUGGCUAUGAAGUGAAAUCUGAUUUGAUUGCCCCAAGCAUUAAAUUCAAUGCUACUCCUAUUCAAAACGUUCCUUUAGUUAAUUCGGCUUUAGCUAAGAAUUUAGCGUCGCCUUACUGUAGAAGUUACGUUUUAGGCGAAGCACAAACUGGAUACUUAUCUAUGGACCAAACUAGAAAGGUUUUGCUAAUUUUGGAAUCCGAUCCCAAAGUAUCGAAAUUACCAAUAGUUGGAAUAUGGAUAAGUGGUGUAUCAAAUAUAUCGGAUCCGUUUGUAUGGUCAUGCUGUACUAGAUAUGUAUAUGGUAAAUUUGACAAUAGAGUUCAUCCACCUACUGAACCUUUUCUCUUAAUGCUUUAUACAACCGAACAUUCUAAUCGUCAAAUGUACGAUAUUAUACCAAUAGAUAGAAAUAUAUCUCUUGGAUUUAAUCUAUUCACAUUUAACGAUAAUCUUCAAAAUAAUCGGAGAGAUGAAUUUAAUACUGAUGUUCAUUCCUUUCAAUAUAAUGUGGAAAAUGCCGUUGCUAAGAGAGCACUCUUCAAUUCUUGCUUAAAAAAUUAUGAAGAUGUUAUGAAAAUUGAAAAGGAAGAUGAUUUUAAUCAAUCUAAUAGAUCUAAGAUAAAUGAAACUUUAUUCCCUCAACCAACAGUUGAAAGAGAUAGGUAUAAGCCUGUUCAAAUGAAAUCCGAUAUACCUGAUCUUACACUACUCGACGAACUAAGUCCCGAACCUAUUCAAACUAAGAAAACGAUUAAUAUCAAUGAAUCAAUUCCAAAUCAGCAGCAAUUACCUAACACUCAAGAGAAAUUAACAACUUUUCCUUCGUCUAAUCAAGUAGAUAAUUACCCGAGUAAUCAAGUUCAACAACCGCAACAACAAGUUCCCGCCGAAUGGUUAGAUAUACUAAAAAGACAGAAUGAAGAAAUAAAGUCACUCAGAUCUCAAGUAGAGAGAUUAUUAAAUGAACAACGAAAAGUAGAAACUAAUCGAGAUGUAUCCAUUCAAAAUUGUAUGGAAGCGAAAAAAGUAGAGACUUGUUCAAUUGGAAUAAAUACAUCAAUUACAGAAAAGAGUAUUAAUACUCCAGCUGGUAAUCGAUUUGAGGAAACAAUUAAUAGUCCUUUCGACGCUAAUAGAUAUAAUACAACUUUUGGUGAUAUAAGAAUUGAGAACACAAGCUACGAAACGAAUAGAUCCGAGAGAAUUAUCGAUAUGCCUGAAUUUAAUAGUAUGACAUCCGAUAAAUUAAGCCAAUCGAAUCAUAGUCCAGUUCUAGGUGAAAGUGUUAGUAUGUAUCAGCAAGGAGGAUUUCAAGCUAUUAUGCCUACUUUUGAAGAAACAAAAAAUGAUAGGGCGUCUAAAUUGUUUGAUGAAGAUUAUAGCAGUUUCUCGGAGUCGGAUGAAGAAAAGAUGGAUAAUUUUCGAAUGAAAGAUAAUUGUACAGAAAGAAGCUGUUCACCCGUUAAAUUACAACCUACGACACCAAAAAAAGUUUCCAUUUCUAACGUAACAAUCGAUAUUGCGGCAAAAACCCGUAAAGAAUUGGAACAUUUGGGAGUUUGCUUCGAUCCUGAUAAUGAGAAUUUUAGCUUUAAGCCAGCAGCCGAUGGAACAUUAUAUUUAGACGUUAAUUUUUUACCAAAAGUUCAAUAUACAUCAUUAUUUUUACCAUCAUCCGAAUACGAAGAUACCGAUAGUCUUGCGUUGAAAUAUUUAAAUGAUACUGAUUUAACAAGCCUUUCGAAAGGCGAAAAUAAAUGUACUGAACCCACUAUAUUCCAAUCGAAUAAUAUGUCUUUUGCAACAAGAAAAUACAUGGAAAGAUAUGGAUUAGUUGAUGAAAAAGAUGAAAAAGCUCCUAAUAAAAAAGAAAGUUUACAUAAGCAAUCAAAAACUCCAGCGAAACAAUUACAAAAUUCAAUUAAUGAGAAAAAAUACGAUUCUAGGUUUUUAGACAUUGAAAAGCUUAAAGCUUUACCAAGUUUAAUCUAAAAUCUGAUGCUUUUAUGUUUUAACACUUUUUGUAAUCUUUUAUUUCUUUUAAUAAUACAAAUACAA